AUGGGCUCGCCUGAAGAUUGGAUGCCCAUUGACGCGAAGUUACCUGGAGGACAACACCUUUGUUUCGACGACGACGAGGAGGAAUCGUGGCGGGCCCAGUUCGACUCCACCGAGGUGAAGCCGGGAUUGCUGGCUAAACGCCGGAGGCGAGAUCCCUACCAUCGACACGGGGAGAGCCAGGAUGAGGGAUCGCCAAGCGGAAGCGGAAAGAUGGAGCCGGCGAGGCGCAGAAAACCUGCCGCCGAGAAAGAAGCGGAGGUGAUCGACUGUCCGUUGCAUGGAGGCCAUGUGCUUGGCUAUUCGAAGCCGAUCCGCAUGAAAGAUAAUGGAAAGAGCAACUUGCGCGUGUACUUUGCCGAAGAGCCCGACGCGUUUGUCUGCCGAAAUUGCAAUUUCAAGAAGCGGAAGACGAAAAGCCACGGAACGAAUAAUCUAUUAUGGCUACACGUCGAGACGAGUCACUGCGCUAUUCUGGCCGCUGUUUUGAACGUGAAAACGGCCGCCGGCGUGGACAUCUACCAGCCGAUAACGAAGGACGAGCGCGAUCGGUUAAUCUGCGAGCUGUUCGUGACGCGGAUCAUUGGCUGCAACGCCCUCCAGAGCGACACUUUUCGGAGGUUAAUCGAUGGUCUCAAUCCAUCAUUACCCCCAGUGUCUGGGAAUACAAUCGAACGGCAAAUACAAUUGUCUGCGGAUCAGGCCAAAGUAGAUUUGAAAUCGAUGCUCAGCCGUGUUUCCGAGGUCUCGAUAGCGUUCGAUGGAUGGGAGAGGGCGAACAGCCAGAAGAUGCUCUAUGCCUUCCUCGUCCGAUAUGUCUGCCCGGAUAGUAAAGAAGUUCGUUUGGACCUGCUCGGAGUGUUGGAUCAUACCACCAAAGGUUCCGAUAAAGACCUGGCUGCACAACUGAAGAAUAUAAUUUCGGCCUACGAACUCGACGGGAAAGUCGUCUCGGUGUGUAGCGGAAAGGUGGAGAAUUGUGUGGUGGCAGUCAGGGAUAAGCUGCAGAUGACUCAAGUCCCCUGCGGAGCCCAUGUCAUCCAAAAAUUAAUGCAAAAAACACUGGAGGCACCGGAACUAGCAGCACCGCUGGGCAAGAUACGAGCAUUUUGCGGGAUGCUUGACGCGAGUCGAGAGCUUCGCGAUCAAUAUCAAGAUAUGAGGUCGAUAUGUAUGGGGAAGACAGCGAACAAAACGCUGCCGAAACCGGACGAUCCGGAGAGAUGGGACAGUACGGGGAUUAUGGUUGUACGCUACUUGGCACAGACGGCGGUGAUCGAGCGCUUUUUGAAGCGCCAAGGGUCCGAUGACCGGCUCUCGAAGGAGGAGCUCGAGCUGAUGCUCGAUUUGGAAAAGCUGCUAUCACAUUGGCACUAUGCCACGAAAUUGCUUUCGGCGACGGACAGCCCGGCGCGAUUCGUCCUCAAAUGCUUCCGCUCGGCCUACGACGAGACGAUCAAAAUUUGGAAAUCAAGCAGUCCACUCCAGACGGCCAUUCCUGAUUAUCCGCAAGACCUGGAAGCCUAUUGGACGGAAUUGGCCCAAAAUGCGUCGCUUCUCCUCGCGUCAUUCCUCGAUCCAAUGCAAGCGGCCAAUAUGGAACCCGCGCUGUUUGAUCGCGCAAAGGAAUAUGCAAAUCGCAGCUAUGGUGCGUUGGUCCCGCCGCCGGAGCGCUUCGUCGAAGAAUUCCACGACGACCUGCUGCUAAACGACGUUUCUCAUCAAGACGAGCACGAAAUCGAUCGAUACGUCAAAAUCGCGAAAAUCUGCCAACACCGAAAUGUGCCGGGCUUUUGGGCCGGAUACGGAUCACAACUGCCUGGCCUGCAACGACUCUACCAACGCGCCAACACAUUCUUUGGAUCGACGACGCUUAUCGACAGCCUGUUUAGAAAUAUCAUCACCCCGAAUUCGAGCCCCCGGCAAACGAUUUUGACGGUAAUGGCCCUGAAUGCUGUGAAGGAGAUGACGGCCGACAAGCAGGCUUCCGUCACCCAAAAACAACGGCUUCCCGUCUUCUACACGGUGAAUGAUGCCGUCUCCGUGGCCCGGCACCUCCGGAAAGUAGCACCGGCGGCCAAAUCGGACACGGUGGUGCCGCCGUUCCUCGAAUCCGUGACUGACGACGAUGAACCGGAUCCACAUUCCGACCUUCCGAUUUACGAA